CGUCGUACCAGAGGUUUUUCUUUUGCCUUCUCGGGGAAGAAGGAAGCCGAGGAAGAUGGAUAUGGCGUCAUUUCUGAGGAACAAAUACUGGGUUCUCCGCCACGGCAAGAGCAUUCCCAACGAGAGAGGCCUCAUCGUCUCUUCCAUGGAAAAUGGUGUGCUCCCUCAGUAUGAAUUAGCAGCCGAAGGAGUCGCUCAGGCUCGACUGGCUGGAGAAACUUUCCUUGAGCAACUCAAGGAAAGCAACGUAGAACUCGAGAAGGUCCGGAUUUGCUACUCCCCCUUCGCAAGAACAAGUCACACCGCAAGGGUUGUCGCCGCCGUUCUCGGUCUUCCCUUUGAUGGCCCCCAGUGCAAGAUGAUUGAAGAUCUGCGAGAACGCUACUUUGGCCCUGCAUUUGAACUCCUGUCCCAUGACAAGUACCCAGAGAUAUGGGCUCUCGAUGAGAAAGAUCCAUUUGUGAGACCAGAGGGAGGCGAAAGUGCUGAUGAUGUUGUCUCUAGACUUUCCAAUGCUUUGGAAGCCAUGGAAUCAGAAUAUGAAGGAUGUGCUGUACUGGUGGUGAGCCAUGGAGAUCCUCUGCAGAUGAUGCAGAACAUUCUCCAUUCAGCCAAGCAACAGAGCGGCAACAGCUUGAAGGAGAGGAUUCAGGCAUGCAGAGUUGCUCCUGUCCUGUCACAGCACAGGAGGUAUGCCUUGCUCACUGGGGAACUCCGAGCUGUUAUCUAACUUGGAAAAUCUCUGCCCAUCAAAAAAAAAAAAAUAAAGGAUUCAACUUUUGGCUUGUUUCUCAUUCAUGGAUCCAGUCUUUGCUUUCUCAUUCCACUGGGCAUUAGUCAGUUUCUUCAGCAAGGCUUCUGUGUUAUAUUUGUUAGUGACAAGGAGAAAAAAUGGAACAUGAUUUGAUA